UUCAUGAAUUCCAUAUCACAGAGUUAGAGUACUAGUUCACAUAGUACAGAAAAAAUGGCUGAGUUAGCUCUACCGUCUCCUAUUAUUUCUAUCCUUCUUCUGUUCGUCUUCUCAGGAGAGAUUUCAAUGGUGGUGAAUGCACAGAAUGCUUGGUGUGUAGCAAAUCCUGCAGCACAAGAAGAAGCCCUACAUUCAGCAGUGGAUUAUGCAUGCAGUUAUGUAGACUGCAGCCCAACAGUGAAAGGAGGCUCUUGCUUUUAUCCGGAUACAUCAGUGCAACAUGCCUCAUACGCCAUGAAUGCUUACUACCAAAAGAUGGGAAGAAAGCAAUGGAAUUGCUAUUUUACCAACACUGGUCUCAUUUCCUUGACUGAUCCAAGUUAUUGUGCCAGCUGCAUAUUUGUGAGCGGAGGAUCAGGACCUCCACUGCCACAGAAAAAGGAUACUUGGUGUGUGGCUAAGCCAGGAAUCCCAGAUUCUGAGUUGCAGGAAAUCAUUGACUUCGCUUGUGGAGUAUUGAAAGAUUGCAGCAAGAUACAAGAACAUGGUUCAUGUUUUUUGCCAAAUACACUGAUAAGCCAUGCCUCAUUUGCCAUGAAUCUUUACUAUAAGGCCGACGCACAAUACAAUUGCGACUUCAACGGUGCUGGCCAAGUCGUCGUGACGAAUCCAAGUUUGGGUGAUUGCGUCUAUGUCUGA